AUGACGACUGAUUACAAUUCUCUUCGCCAGGAGAUUGAUUCUGUCAGUGAGAAGGUAGCUGAAUUGGAGUCAAAGGUCAAAAAGAAUGAUGUUGACACAACAACUUCAAUAGAAGAUAUGCUGGUUGCGAUUAAAACAAUAGCGUAUAACCAAACUGUGUUAGAAAGCAAAUUUGAAGAUAUAUUAAAAAAUCAAAUGAACACAGAUGUAUUAGUAAACACUAUUAGCUCUAGACUUGAUAGAAUAGCGAAAAUUAUACCGACGGCCGGCAAUAACGGUACUAGAUCAUCAACAAGUUCGACUAGUACGUACACAAAUUCAAAUAGCUCUGGGGUGCAAACACGAGCUUCCAGCUCUAGGCGAGUCUCUACAUCUAACUCAGCUACAGUAACAAAUAACCAAGCACCCGCAGUACCCGUGAAAAGAGGCCCAGGUAGACCCAGAAAGGACGGAACCUAUGGCGGUGUUAGUAAAACUGCAUCUUCUGCAAACUCUUCUGCUUCUAACUCAAAUACCAGUAAUCUCACAGCUUUGAAGAAGACACCAAAUGAGGCCGAAUUGCCUUUAGGAGGCAGGACAAGACUUCCUAAUAAUGUACCUCAGGUGUCUAAAUCCAAGAGAUAUUUUGUAAAUCCAACAGAUUCUCCCCCACAGAAAACUACAGCUACAACACAUAAUAGACCUGGGAGACCACCUACCAAGACUGAGGCCAAAACAGUGGCACCUGGCGAGAAUCCGCCAGUGAAACGUAAAAGAGGUAGACCACCAAAAAAGAGACCAGCUGUCGCUAUUGCUGCUGCUGCAAGAAAAGAAUCAAAAUCAGAACUUGGCAGUCAAAUCAAAACAGAGAAUAAGGAAACCAAUGGAAGAAGCAUAUCAGACAAAUCAUUAUCUAGUAGUGCAAAUGAAUCUGCGGACAGUAUUAUCACAAGGUUCAGAAGGAAAAGAAGAUAUGAACAGGAUGAUGACAACGAAGAAGAAAAAUCGAGCAAAAUAAAAAGGGAAGACGAAGAUGUAGACGAAGAAGAAGAUGAGGUUGAUGUCGAAGUCGAAGAUGAGGAUGUCAGUGUUAUUGAAAACGAUGAUAAUAGCACUGAGGAAAAUGAAGAUGGCGACAGUCAGAUAACGGACAAUUUAUAUAGUAAAGAAGACCUUGAUAAGAGAAUAAAAGCAUUCAAGUUUGGAAAGAAAGGUCCAUUUUGGAUGGGUUCCAGAAUGACGCGUUUGGAACGGAUUGAAUUUCUGAAAAACAGUACACGGUGGAACUCCCACACUGAAGGUACGAGGAAAGCGCUAGCGAUGGCAUUAGAGUUAGAAUCGAAUGCCGACGACGAUAAUAUUUCUCUAAGCGAAAAGAUGUUAGAGCUGGUUGACAAGUAUGAAAAUGAGAACGAUGAUGAUUAUCACAGGAAUAUUAACCGCGAUGUAAACGUUGACUCUGAUGAUACUACUAGCUAUGAGAAUACAUCUGAUAGGCUGGUUAGAGCUGCACAACAAGUUACUGAUAAUCUAGCAGCCAGAUUUUCUAAAACGAACGCAUCUAAUACAGAAAUCAAAGAGGUAAAAAAGGAUCUGCCCCGAGAUGACAACUCCAAUAAAGGAAUCGCUAUGAAUCCUGUACAUGAAGAUGCAUCCAAUAAUACACCAACGCAUGGCUUGCCUAGUCACUCAAAUGAUGAAGGACCAAAGGUGCCUAUAAUAUCAAAGGACCUAUCGCAAGGACCAAAUAAUAUGGCACAGUUAACAGAUCAGAAUAACCAGCCCGCUGGUGUAGAUACUAUAAAUGAGAAAAAGGACAAAUCCGAUGCGGAUGCUAAUAACGUCAUAUCAAAUCAUUUAGCAACAAGUACAUAG